AAUACAGCAGGGAAUCCAUUCCACCAGAUGAUGCCAUUUUGCUGUUUUUGGCAGGUCAUAGAAGAUGCCCCUAGCAAACAUGACAAACGAUAGAGAUGCCUUGAUUUGUCCGCAUGGGAAUGCCGGGAAUAUUACCAGUCAAUUUGAACUGAUUCUUCACAUGAAUGAACACCAGCCAUUUUGCAGGUCAAACAAACAGAGAUGAGUGGGGAAGAAAAAGUGGUGCUCCACGGGAUGUGGGCGAGUCCCUAUGCGAAAAGAGUGGAGAUAGCCCUUAAACUUAAGGGCAUACCCUACGAAUAUGUGGAAGAAGAUUUGCUGAAUGGGAAAAGUGAAGCACUCCUCAAACACAAUCCAGUGCACCAGAAAGUCCCGGUACUUGUCCACAACGGGAAACCAGUGAUCGAGUCGUGCAUCAUCCUCGAGUACAUCGACGAAACUUGGAAGUCCUCCGGCCAUGCCCUGUUCCCUCAAGAGGACACUUACAGGCGAGCCAGAGUUCGCUUCUGGGCUGAUUUCAUACAAAGACAGUUGUUGGAGAAGUUCAUCGUGACAAUAACAGCAGUAGGAGAGGCACGAGAAGAAGCAAUCAAGGAGUUGAGGAAGAACAUGGAAUUGCUUGAAGAGGGACUGAGAGUGAACUUCUUUCCAGAAGGGAUUCCUCAAUAUCAUUUCGACGACCAGAAGAAUGUUAGGUUCCUGGACAUUACCAUGUGCGCGUUCUUUGGCCUCCACAAGGCACAGUCAGAGUUCGUCAGGACCACCGAGAUCAUCGACUUGCAGAGGACUCCAUUGGUGUUCUCCUGGGUCGAGAGUUUGAAGGAGGUUCCUGUGGUGAAAGAAGUGCUUCCCCCUCACGAUGAGGUUGUGAACCUCUUGCGGGGGUUCAGGCAAAAUGCUGUAGGAUCCUCUCCCCAAGUGUAGAGAGGAAGAGCAGAACAGCGCCACUGCUUGUUUGCUUUUUUCCUGUUUUCAGAUUUCCCUUCCAACUUGUUUGCAAUGUAUACGUUUUGCAGAUGUUUCUUGUAAUAAAGUUCAUGGUUAUCAACACCAUUUUACUAUCUAUGAGCUUCGAUUAAAAGAAUUAUAGUCUCCUUGAUCAUAUUCUGUUUGGUCUGAUCCAAACCAGAUGGCAAUUUGGACAGAAUCCUGUGGCUGCCCUGCCUCAAGGUAGGGAUUCCAUUCCAUAAGCUAAUUUCCUAAACAUGAGUGAUGUUUAAACCACUGAAAUGCAGUUGAAACAAAUGUGACUUAACAUAAACCGCAACCAAUGUGAAAACACCUCAGUGAUCGUGUAUAAAUCCCCACUAAAAUU